GCUUCGCGCCUCCACGACUAUUACCACCGGUACCACUAUCCAACAGCAGUUGCAGUGCAACUGGUCGAUUGCGGUUCUAUAGCUGUGCACAGCUGUCUUCUGUCAUUGCCAGCCCCCACUUUGGCUCUUCGCAGCCGUUGGCUAUCUCCACUCGAGCUCUAAGCUCCGCGCCACCUCGGCUUCGACGACGCGGCGCAUGCACUUCUGCCUCUGCGACAUCAUCCUCAUAGACUCUGGAACAUAGCGUCACGUGUACUCCACGAAUAUCUGCGCACCGCUGUCAGCAAACCCUGGUCCCGACGACGCGCAACCCAAUGGCAUCACGGUGCUCAGCAGGAUGGCGAGCUGCGGCAGUGGGGUUGCUGGCUAUACUGGCCGGCUCAGCGCUGGCCGGGCCCGAUCUGACCAUCAAGCACGAGAAGGGGCGAUGCGCGAUAAGAGGGCAGUGUGGCAAGCAGAGCUUCUUUGGCUCUGAGCUGCCCUGCCCGGACAACGGCCUUGCCAAGGCACCGACAGACGACGUCAGAAAGCAGCUGGUCGACAUCUGCGGCGCACAAUGGGCGGGGUCGGAUGUGUGCUGUGAGGCAGAGCAGCUGGACGCCCUCAAGACGAAUCUCGACCGCGCCACGCCCAUCAUCAACGCCUGCCCGGCCUGCAGGGAGAACUUCUACAACAUGUUCUGCACUUUCACCUGCUCACCUGACCAGUCACUCUUCAUUAACGUCACCGCUACCGUCCCCAAGGGCGACAAGUUCCUCGUUACCCAGCUGACCCACCUGGUCGCCGACGAGUACGCAGGCACCUUCUACGAUAGCUGCAAGGAUGUCAAGUUCGGCGCUACAAAUGGCAAGGCAAUGGACUUCAUCGGCGGUGGUGCCAAGAACUAUACUCAAUUCUUGAAGUUCCUGGGCGACAAGAAGUUCCUUGGCUCCCCCUUCCAGAUGGACUUCCCGCGCCCAGACGACGCCGAGUUCCCUGACAUGCAGGCCAUGAACAAGCACGCGUACCCCUGCGACACCGACGAUGAACUGUACCGUUGCGCUUGCCUCGACUGCGGCGCCUCAUGCACGGAGCUGCCUGAAGUCACUGAAGCCAAGCAGUGCUACGUGGGCUUGCUUCCUUGUCUCUCGUUCGCCGUCGUCAUUGUUUACUCCGUCUUCUUGGCUCUCCUUUGCACCGCUGUCGCAGGACACGUCGCAUACAAGAAGCACUCACAACAGAAAAACGAACGCCUGCGCUUACUGCAGGACCUUGAACCCAGCGAUGAUGAAGACGAGGGCGACAUUGUUCACAACGUUGGCAUGCUCGAUCGCCCCACCAAGCACUAUUUUGUUAAUACCUGGUGUGAUCGUCUCUUCAGCCGCCUUGGCUACGUCUGUGCGAGGUUUCCCGUCAUCACCAUCGUCAUCAGCAUUUUAGUUGUUGGGUUGAUGAGCUUGGGUUGGCUCAGGUUCACUAUCGAGACCGAUCCUGUUCGCCUGUGGGUUGCACCCGACUCGGCAGCUGCCCAGGAAAAAGCCUUCUUCGAUGAGAAGUUUGGUCCUUUCUUCCGAGCGGAGCAAGCUUUCCUGGUCAAUGACACUCACCACGGCGCGCCAGUGCUGAGCUACGAGACCCUCGACUGGUGGUUUGGCGUCGAGGACCAGAUUCGCCGUUUGAAGUCGUCUCAGAGCGGCGUUACACUCGAUCAGGUCUGCUUCAAGCCAAUUGAGAAUGCCUGUGUGGUACAGUCAGUCACUGGCUACUUUCAAGGCGACUUCCAGAACCUCUCGCCUAGUAGUUGGCAGGACGAUCUCAUGGAUUGCGUUGAUAACCCUACCCAGUGCUUGCCUGAGUUCCAGCAGCCUCUGGACCCUCACAUCCUUUUUGGUGGUGUUAACAGAAGUGUCCUUGACGCUCAAGCGCUCGUUGUCACUUGGGUUGUCAAGAACCACGCCGAGGGUACACCGGAGCUGCAGCGCGCAAUGGACUUCGAGGACGAAAUGAAAAACUACCUCAAGCUUGUUCAAGAUGAUGCGAAGGAUCGAGGUCUUCGUCUGAGCUUUAGCACCGAAGUCAGUCUCGAGCAAGAACUCAACAAGAGUACCAACACCGAUGCCAAGAUCGUGGUGGUGAGCUACAUCAUCAUGUUCCUGUACGCCUCACUCGCGCUGGGAUCGACCACCCUCACAGUACGCUCUGUACUUCAGAACCCAGCAAAUGCACUCGUGCAAUCUAAGUUUAUGCUGGGAACCGUGGGCAUCCUCAUCGUGCUCAUGUCCGUUGCGGCUUCGGUUGGUCUAUUUUCUGCCGCUGGUAUCAAGGUCACCCUGAUCAUUGCCGAGGUCAUCCCCUUCUUAGUACUGGCUGUCGGUGUUGACAAUAUCUUCCUGAUCGUCCACGAGUUUGAGCGCAUCAACAUUAGCCAUCCCGAAGGUACGAUUCCAGAACGCGUUUCGCGCGCUCUCGGUCGCAUGGGACCUUCCAUCUUGCUUUCGGCCCUGACCGAGACCACGGCAUUUGCCCUUGGUUGUGCGGUGGGCAUGCCUGCUGUCCGUAACUUCGCCGCAUACGCCGCAGGUGCAGUCUUCAUCAACGCCAUCUUGCAAGUCACCAUGUUCAUCGCUGUACUCUCGCUGAACCAGCAACGUGUCGAGACCAAUCGUGCCGACUGCUUCCCCUUUCUCCGGAUAUCAAAGGCGGACCCGGUUUACGGAGCUGGCGCUGGCGAAGAAGGCGCUCUACAGCGAUUCAUCCGCAAGACAUACGCACCAGCCAUUCUAGGGAAAAAGGCCAAGGUGGUCAUCCUUGCCAUCUUCUUUGGCAUCUUCACUGCGGGCGUCGCCCUCUUUCCCGCCGUUGAACUUGGUCUCGAUCAGCGUAUUGCCAUGCCAAGUGAUUCUUACCUCAUCCCGUAUUUCACUGAUGUGUACGAGUAUCUGGACGUCGGCCCGCCGGUCUACUUCAUUCACAAGAACUUCAACGUCACAGAGAGGAGGCCACAGAAGGAGCUUUGCGGUCGUUUCUCUACCUGCGACCAAGGCAGUCUCGCAAACAUCAUCGAGGCUGAGCGUAAACGUCCCGAGGUAUCCUACUUGGCUGCACCCGCGGCCAGCUGGCUGGAUGACUUCUUCCUGUGGCUGAACCCCGAGAAUGAGAAGUGCUGUGUCGAUAAGGGCAAGCCUUGUUUCGACAACCGCACGCCAGCGUGGAACAUGACGCUCCACGGUAUGCCCGAGGGCGAGGAGUUCAUUCACUACCUCGAACGGUGGGUUGAUGCGCCGACGACAGAAGAAUGCCCUCUUGGUGGCAAGGCUGCGUACUCUGACGCUCUUGUCAUCGACUCAAAGCACACGACCAUCUCUGCGUCGCACUUCCGCACUGCGCACACACCCGUCCACUCCCAGAGCGAUUUUAUAGCGGCGUACAAAGCAGCGCGUCGCAUCGCCAAAGAAAUCUCCAAAGACGUCGACGCCGAAGUGUUUCCAUACUCCAAGUUCUACAUCUUCUUCGACCAGUACACGACCAUCGUGCGGCUCGCCGGCGCCCUGAUCGGCUCCGCGCUCGCUGCCGUGCUCAUCAUCACGACAAUCCUCCUCGGCUCGCUCGCCACGGCGCUCGUCGUCACGCUCGUCGUCGCCAUGAUCGUGUCGGCCAUCAUCGGCUCCAUGGCGGUUAUGGGGGUCAGCUUGAACGCCGUCUCGCUUGUCAAUCUGAUUAUAUGCGUCGGUAUCAGUGUCGAGUUUACGGCGCACAUUGCGCGCGCUUUCACGUUUCCGAGUCGCGCAACCAUGGAACGUGCGCCACGACAUCGGUUCCGUGGGCGAGAUGCGCGGGCGUGGACGGCCAUGGUGAACGUGGCUAGCAGUGUGAUUAGCGGGAUCACGAUCACGAAGAUUCUGGGCGUGGGCGUGUUGGCGUUUACGCGUAGCAAGAUCUUCGAAAUCUACUACUUCCGUGUCUGGGUCGCGCUCGUGCUGUGGGCGUCGACGCACGCUCUCAUCCUGUUGCCCGUGCUGCUCAGUCUGGUUGGAGGGAAGGGGUAUGUGGAUCCGGAGAGCGAGGGCGGGCUGGAGCAGGAUCUGAGGCGGAGGCAAUAUCCCGCGCUCCUUGGGGAUGACGACGAGGAGUAUGAUAGCGACGAUUAAGAAUCCCCUUGAUGGGUCGUGUUGGCAAGGGUCUGCCGGUGGACUCGAUCUACUAGGCUGCCCGGUUUAGAGACCCCUACCGGUAUUGGCUCAGAAUGCACACAUUAUCAUUUUGCCUUUGCUGUUCAAUGCAGCCCUCGUAGCACAUGCC